AUGGAGGAUUUAAGUUCUAUGUGGAGCUACCAGGAGAGCAUGGACGAGGUAAAGCAGAGCCUUCUGUACAAGACCCUGGAGCUAGAAUCAUUCAAAUCCGAAGCCAACGCAAAAUUGAGCAAUUGCAGAGAAGAAAUGACCCAAUUGAUCGACCUCCUGAAACUUGCUUACCAAGAAAGGGACGACGCAAAAGCCCAGCUCCAAAAGCUCCUCAACAAAAUUAUACCUUCCGAAAUGAACCCAAUUCUGCAACCAGACAGCCCAAUCGUCAUUCAGGGGAAAGCCAAUUCAAGCAUAACCGAAUCCAACAGCCUCUCUGAAACGUAUAACCCACAGUACUCCCACAGCUCUUCCCCUGUGGAUUCCUUCUUCCACGACGCCGCGGCCGUGACCUCGCCGGAAUUCUCGAGCAUCAACGUGGCAGCAGCAGCCGCUGCUGCAGUUUCCCCAGUGGUUGCGGUUAAGAUUGACCCGAUCGAUGCUGUGAUUGAUGAACUCGUGAAGGGGAAAGCUCUGCCGCAGCAAGGGAGGCUUCUUCAGACUGUGAUGGAAGCAGGGCCUCUCCUCAACACGCUUCUCGUCGCCGGGCCGCUGCCGCGGUGGAGGAAUCCACCCAAGCUCCAGACUUUCAAGAUCCCUCCUGUUUCAAUCAAGGGGUGCGAUGGUUCUAGCAAGAUCCAAGCUGUUCCAUUGCUGCAGCAGAAGAUGACGUUGUUGGGUUCCCAGACUUGCUCUGCUUCCAUGGUGAAUUUCGCUUCAUCAGGUUGGAGUUUGAGCGCUGGCGGUGUCGGCCAAAUCCAGCCGGGAAAGAGGCAGAGAUUUCAAUGA